GAGAUUCUCAUCAGGCAACACUUCGCCAGCAAUAACAAUUCCCCUCAAUUGUAAAGCAAUUUUGCUGUAGUUUCUUUUUCCAAGUGUUCAAUUGUAAUAAUUCAGCCGAAUGAUGACGACGGAUGCCGUACGAAAAAGUCAAAGGCAAAGAGAGCCUUCAAAAAUAGCGACCUACUACUUAGUUCUUUAUAAUGUAGUUAUGGUUGUUGGAUGGUCCUACAUGCUGUACCAAUUAAUUGCUUACUAUACAAUACAUCGGGGAACGACUCAAACUUUGUGGGAAUUCAUCUGUUGGACGGUCAUUAUUUUUCAAAAUGCUGCAGUACUUGAGAUCUUCCAUGUAGCGAUUGGAAUUGUCAAAAGUAAUCUGGUAAUAACAACCAUGCAAGUUUUAUCACGUGUUAUGGUGGUGUGUGGGGUUGUCUUGGCAACACCAACGGGAAAAGUUUCUCCAGGACUUCCAUUGGCGCUUUUAGCAUGGAGUGUUACCGAAAUUAUUAGAUACAGUUACUACGCGUUCAAUCUUCUUGGAUCGGUUCCUCAUAUUCUUGUGUAUUUAAGGUAUACAACAUUUAUCGCUUUGUAUCCAAUCGGUGUUACUGGUGAAUUAUUAUGCUUUUACUGGGCUCAAUCUCAUGUUAGAGAAACGAAGCAAUGGAGUGUGGAAAUGCCGAACAAAAUAAACUUCACAUUUUCAUAUUUCUACUUUUUAUGGGCUGUGAUGCUCUCUUACAUUCCUUUGUUCCCUCAAAUGUAUCUUCACAUGUUCGGUCAACGCAAAAAAAUCUUGGGAGGAAGAUCUCUCUAAAUUGAAUGCUCGUUGUUUUAAUACUUUCAAAAAUGUAGUAACAUGGAGAUUUCAAUCGAAAUUAUUUUCAUUAACUUGAAAUGGUUCACGGGUAUAAAUGAUUUUUGGCGGCUGGGAAACUUUUAAGAGACAAAUUUUACGAACAAAUAAAGACAAGAAAUCUUUUUUUAUAGAAAAA